UAACGCUUCACGUCACUUUUACGUCAAUGAACAGCCACUUUACGGCAUUCCGAGUCCACGGAGUUUAAAUAGAGAAACUCAACUUUGCAUCUCUGUUAACACUAACGUUACUCUCUUUUGAGCCAUAAAUUACUUCUUAUUAUACCCGAACGAGGGUCUGAAGUGACGGAAACACCGAGGUCUGCUUCUAACUCAACAAAUGGUCCAACAAGAUAUACCACCACCAACAACGUCUCCACUGAUUUUCAGGUUCCCAGUUUUUCAACUGAACUGCUCCCACCAAUGCGAAUCACCACGGUGAAGGAUGAACAAACUUUCUCUGGGAGAUAAAGCUGCUUCGGGCAGAGUGAACCGCUGGGUGGAUCCGUCUUUCAUUGAUUUGCCGGGGGAAAGCUUUUCUCUGCUUGAAAGAAGGAAGGGCACCCACUCGCGCUCUAAGGCCGAACCCAAGAGGGCGAGGAAGAGGAAAGGAGAGGCCUGCAGCUCAGACCCUCACACAUCCUAUCUGCCGACAGAGUCAGCCCAGGGGGAACAGGAUGAGCCCUGGGUGGACAGAUACUCACCUCGUUCAACGGCCGAGCUAGCUGUCCACAAGAAGAAGAUCGAGGAAGUGGAGAACUGGAUGAGAGCUCACAUAAACUCAUCAAAGGGCGGCAUCUUACUGCUGACAGGACCAUCAGGCUGUGGAAAGACUGCUACAGUCCAGGUUCUGUCUCAGAAGCUGGGCCUCGGGAUUCAGGAGUGGAUCAACCCCACCAAUCUGGAGACAUACAACAGCAGCAGUCAGCACGAAUGGCGGAUGAAUGGCUUGUCCUGCAGCUCCCAGUUAGCCCAGUUCCAGGACUUCCUCCUCAGAGCCAACAAAUACAACUGCCUGAGGAUGGUGGGUGACAGAGGAGCCACAGACAGGAAGCUCAUAAUGGUGGAGGAUUUGCCAAACCAGUUCUACAGGCAGCCUGGCAGCCUGCAUGAUAACCUGAGGCGCUUUGUGAAGACCAGUCGAUGUCCCCUGGUGUUCAUAGUGUCUGACAGUCUGAGUGGAGACAGUAGCUCACGCUUUCUUUUUCCCAGAGAGAUCCAGGAGGAGCUGGACAUCAGCAGCAUCAGUUUUAAUCCAGUGGCUCCAACCACAAUGAUGAAGGUCCUGGUGCGCAUUUCAACCCUGGAGGCAGGAAAGAGCUGUGGGAGGAUAUGUGUCCCAGACCAGGCAGUGUUGGAAAAGUUGUGUUCAGGAAGCUCAGGAGAUAUUCGCAGCGCCAUCAACAGCCUUCAGUUUUCCUCCCUCCCAGACACGUCGUUGGAAAAGGGGCUAUGGAGGCUAAAGAAGGACAGACCUGUAACUUCAGUGGGCAAAGCUUCUUCUAGGACAAACCAAAGGAAGAAGUCCAAACAGACAAAGGAGCAGGAAGAGGAGCAGGCGAUUGGAGGGAAGGAUGCCUCUCUUUUCCUGUUCAGAGCACUGGGAAAAAUCCUUCACUGCAAACGAGGGAAUCACGAAGGUGCCGAAGCAGCUGAACGUGCCCCUGGACCUGGUCUAUCAUCUCACCUGUCUCAUCAUCAUAGAGAAGCAUUAUUAGUAGACCCUGAGUUGGUUGUUGAUCGUUCACAUGUGUCUGGAGAGUUCUUCAACCUGUACCUCCAUCAGAACUACCUGGACUUCUUCUCUGAGGUGGAGGAUGUGGAACGAGCCAGCGAGUAUCUAUCUGAUGCUGACCUCCUCACUUCUGAUUGGACGAGUCGCAGCACCAUGGGGGGUUAUGGGUCUUCAGUUGCCACCAGAGGGCUCCUUCACUCCAACUCUCAGCAAGUCUCUGUUGGCUUCAGGCCGCUGCACAAACCCCACUGGCUGCUAAUCAGCAAGAAGCAUCGGGAGAACUGCCUAGCUGCCCGGUCCCUGUUCAGGAGCUUCUGUCUGACACCAGUGAGCCUGCAGACUGAGCUGCUGCCAUACCUGACCAAACUCACCAACCCCAUGAGGAACCAAGCUCAGAUAGCCUUUAUCCAGGACGUGGGUCAGAUGUCACUGAGGAGGUUCCCUGGCAGAUUAAAACUGGAGGCUCUGACGGACAAAGAGCCGGGCCAGCUGGACACAGACAGUGAGGAGGAAGAGGAGAAGGCGGAGGAGGAGAAAGAGGAAGGCCAGUGUGGAGGUGAGGAGGGCCUGCCUGCCAGUCAGCCUCCACCUACUAGGAGCCAAGUCCUUUUGGAGGAGGAGGACCUGAUCAUAGAGGAAUACAACAGUGAUUAACACACACAGCUCUUCCAUACAUCCACUGUCACACUGUGACACACUUUCACUUUUUCACUGUCAAAUUUGUGUUGUAUAGAUUUUUUUUAAAUGGAGUUAUGGUUUGGUAUGGAGGAAGAUUAGCACCAUGUGGAAUAAUAAAAAGUACCUCUGAGGCUAACUGACGUAAUGUAAAUAAUGUUCCAAAGUUGGUAUAUACUUUUUUUUUUUUUUAACUUUAAUUUGAAUCUUGAGAAUUAAAAUGGUGAAGUUGAUCCCAGAAGUGAAAUAAUUCUCCAUGUGGUCCUAACCCUCCUCCAUAGUAUGUUGCUGUGAUAAUAGUUCUGUUAUUACCAGUAUUUUUUGCCUUAUUGACAUGUUAAUUGGGCAAGAUAUGAUCACUUUUCAAAGGAGCUGAGUUGAAUUCAGUGAUUCUGUGGCUUGUCACAGGCUCAUAAUGCCAUGAAAGCACUGGAAUUAAUUGUAGUAAUCUCCCAAAGUGACCCUUAAGAGUUCAGUCCUAUCAGCUGAAACACUGUCAGUAUUUAUUAGUUUUAAGUGCACAUUCAGCACUUAUUUUCCUUUCUUUCUUUCUUUCUUUUUGUUUUUUUUUUUUACUCAACAUUUGUUUUGCUGGUUGAUUUUUGGGCCUGGACUAACCUGUAAUGGAGACCCGUCCAGGAACAAACCCAGCCCAGCUCUUUCACAUGGGUGGAAAAUAAGACAUAUUACAUUAAUGCUUAUUGAGAGAUAAGUUGUUUCAAUCUAAA